GGUUACGUUUAAACGACAUAUUUAAAAUCAGCAUUAAAAACUGACAACACAGGAAUAAUAAAUUGUGCUUGUUUGCCUCAUGUUACGCGAAAAAACGCGAUUUUCCCGUGUUUAUAGCUAAUGCGCAUGCGCAUUCUCGAGAUGAUUGACAGUCGAUGUCAUCACCUAAAAGGUAAUUGGCUCUUUUACCUGUAAGGCGGGAUUUCAUUUCUACAUCCGUUGACCGUUGGGCACUCAGAGCUCCUUGGUUGGGGCGUUCCAAUUUCUCCCAUUCAUUUUAAUAGAAGUGGCACGUCUCUGCUAAAUCCUCUCUGGCGAAACUCAUCAAUCACCUGGAAUGGUGCUUUUGUCGCUAGGCAACGUGGACGCCGUCGCGCACCUGCUGCAUUGCGGCACCGGAAAUACACGACACAACAGAACGAGAGAAAGCAGGGAAAUGUGGAUAUAAUCCUCUGUCUUGCGUAGACCUUGAACAGUUUUAUAAGCUCUUUUUUAGGCUUUGGUCAUGGCUGAUUGAGUGGUUAGGCCGACCGUCAAAUCUCGACAGACAGACAGCAGAGGUUUAAAGCGUGGGAGGAGGUGUUCCGGCACGGAGACUGCAGCGCAUCAUCAUCAUGGCACAGGCGCUUGGAACAGUGUGUGUGCAUGCGGCAUUACUCUCUCUUCCAUCUCUGGCAUUUUAACAAGAGCUGCUUCUGCAAGAGAGGAAACAAGGAUUUGGACAGUCAUGCUCAAAGUUGCAAAUAUCAAGCUUGUAAAGUCUGACCAGUUCCUUUAUUAUUAUUAUUAUUAUUAUUAUUCGUAUAUGCUAUGUGAAUGUGAACUUUACUCGCAUCCCGGACAAACGUCGUGAAUCAGAGCAUCUCCGUUGAUGUUAUUUAAACCACCCAAGCCGCUAGCAGCACCGCUCAGCUGGUAUGAAAGAAGAGCAUCACUACCAGAGAAAACAACGCGUAAAUCUGAAAGAGGAAAUGAAUCGUCUUUGCUCUGUUAAUAAUAACUUCCCAUAUGAUAACAACCUUCUUGUGCUGGAUAUGGUCCUGAGCUCACUUUGGGCAACGCCUCAGCCAAUUAAUUGGGAGAAUGUUGCCAAGUUGGUGCCUGGGUUCACACCUAAAGAGAUGGUGUGGCUUGGUACCAAGCUGUAUCCACUGCAGACAAGCUUUGCCUCUUUCAUGUUUGCAGUGUGCACAAAGGUUUGAAGAGCUGAAGACUACAGGCAGUUUGCCUCACGUCGAUGACCAGUGUAACCCACUGACCAGAGCGGCAGGCUCUCCAUCUGAACCCUUUCCCUCUUACAUAAAAUCCAAACUACUGGACAUUACUGGAGAGACAGGGGAGCCACAGUCCAAUCAGGGCACUCUCCCAGUGUCAGGCCUCACUGUUAUCACUAAUGGUCAAGGAGGCUGUGCAGAAAGUGAGAGGACAGAUCCUGCAGAGAAUGUUGAGGGGACAGAAGAGGGUAAAAGGCCCAACAUGGUAAUCCACGUGUGUGAUGAGGCAAAGAACCUGAAGCAGGACUUUGUGUGUCCAAGAAACCUGCUGGUGAGAGAGAUGCGAUACUUUGAAGAGUAUCUGUCUGUGGACCCACAGCGCUGGGACGAGGUGGACAUUUCUGUCCACUGUGACAUUCAGAUCUUCGACUGGCUCAUGAACUACGUCAGGAGUCAUGACACCGAACAUUCACAUGGAAAACACCCUGACAAGCCCAAAUUGGAGCACAGCAAUGUCAUCUCAAUCCUGAUCUCCUCCGAGUUCUUGAAGAUGGAAACUUUAGUUGAGGAGUGUAUCCAGUAUUGUCACAAACACAUGUGUGCCAUUAUAGCAACGCCAUGCAAUAUGAACUGCAUCAACAACAAACUGGCCGGACGCAUCGCUGAUCUGUUCAGCCACAAUGAGGCAGACGACCUCAAGGACAAAAAAGACAAAUUCAAAAGCAAACUGUUUCAGAAGAAGAUUGAGAGAUUGUUUGAUCCUGAUUAUCAGAAUCACGACUCUCCUGGCAACGCAUCUACUAUGUACAGAUGUGGACUAUGCCUUAAGCUUCUAACCAAAGAAACGGAGAGAAAAAUCCCUUGUGUUCCAAACAAAAUCAACAUAGACACCCGAGGGAACAUUAUAUUCAGUCACACCAGACAUAAGGCAUGGGAGGUACAUGAGUAUGUAAAUGGACUUUAUGAAGAGUUGAAGUCCUGGGUGCUGGUCUACUGGAGGAUCUGGGGCACCAUCAAUUUCCUCACCUGCACAUGUUGCAAACGGGCAUUCCUGUGUACAGAGUUGGGCCAGUGUAAGUACCACCCAGAGGCAGUUGUGUAUCCUGGUAUCGGGGCAGAUCAAAAAUGGCACGGCAUAGGUCAUUACCCCUGCUGUAACCAGAGAGUCCUACGAUUCGACCCCUCCUCCAUGCCCAAGGGCUGUAAAAUAAGAGACCACAUUGUGAGUGCGGCAGAUGGUGGAGACUGCGUCGAUCACAAUGUAAACUCAACCCAGACCAGAAUGCUGAAUGACCUGCUGCUACACAGAGAGGCUGUGUGUGUGCCCGAGAGCUCUGAGGACCCUUCUGCAGGCAGUGAACGCGUGUCAGGCUGUGAUAUAACACUUCAGCCAGGGGUGCUUACAGCUCACAAUGCCAGGGAAACCACAGCUUUUUCACUGCUAAAAAACUGGAGUCUGCAGCUGUGGCAGCAGUCUCUGCUGUCUGAAGAUGAGGAGUACACUACAGGGUCAGAGGUCACAGAGGAUGAGGUUGGGGAUGAAGAAGACACUUUAAAAAAACAAGCUGCAAAGAAGGCAAGAAAAUCUGGCAAACCAUUGAAAAGACAAGUGUCCUCACCAAAUGUCCAGCGGAAAGAGAAAGCUGUAGAGAAGGCGACUUCUCAAGACUCAACCCCAUUCAUCGUCAGCGUCCAGAAGAAUAAGUGGGAUAGCACUCGCUCCAUGAGGUACAAUCAGGACGCUCAGCGGGAGGAGGAUCAGAGGAGAAUGGAGGAGAUUAUAGCAAAUCUUACUAAAAUGCGCUUUGGUGACCAGGAGCAGAUGAAGUUCAAAGACACUAAAGAGCCUGCUGGGGGGAUCUAUUCUAGACUGGAGGCCCAGUUUAAGGCCUCUUCUCAGCCCAGUGGAAGACACAGCAGCUCAGAGAAAAGAGCAAAGACACGCUCGGGGCCAUCGAGACCGACUUAGAGGAAAGAUGGAGUUGAGUGAAGGAGUUUGUGAAAGGAGGAAUAAAGAGGUUGCUGCUGUUUGACGAGGCAGAAGAAACUAUCGCUCUCUUCGUCCAUCCUUUGCUCGACUCCUCACCCCCCUCUCUCCUGCCAGACACAACAGGAAUAACAUUAGAAUCUGUUACAAUCCUGUGAAAAGAAUAGAAUGCUGGUGGAGUCGGUGAUGUCAUAAUUGUAGCUAUAGAACCUUAACAAUGGACCUAAUAGAAACUUCAGUUGCACUGCAAACAAUGCAAGCUUUUGGCUGCUAUUGAAUUGGUUGCACCCACAAAAAAUUCUCUGUGUAUCCUCUUCCUGCAUCUGUACGUGUCACGCGAGUACUGUUGGACUAUAUUUUGCAUCUUUUGCUUUAUCUCAUCUCUUUCUGCCUCAGGAUGCAUUCCAGUCUCAGAGUAUUGUAAUGUCCAUGCCAAUGCUCCAUUCUAGCCAACUCAGUUGACCAGACGAAGCUCAUCUCCAUGGUAUUGACCCUGCACUUUAAGCCGUCUUAAUGCAAUGACUCAAACCUGUAUAAAACACCAAGAAGGCUCUAGGGUAGAGAGUGACGCUCACCAUUAAAGUCUAAUACCUGUGAGGACUACGACUAUGUUGCACUCCAGAGCAGUCAGAACUGUGCCAUGUGGACUUAUUUGAUGUGGACAGAUGGGGUAGAAUACAGAAUAAAUAGUCAUUUAAAAUAAGUCUGUCUCUCUCUAUUUUUAUUUUUAUUUACUGUUUUACUUGUACAACUUUAGAAUUACUUAAAUGUUACAACCUCAUUAAAAACUGAUUUUGCUGUUAUUAUAAAAUGGGUAAUUCCCUGAUCUUUAUUUCUGGGAAAUUUAUGUCUAUAAUUACACAUUCCUCUGUAACCCAAUUACUUCUCAACAAUUAUCAACUAUUUACAAAAAAAAAAAAAAAAGAAGGUAUUAGUGGUUUAUCUCAUGAUCAGUCAGUCAUAUUACUAAAGAGGAUUUCCAGCACAACUGUCACCAUUACAACAGGAAGAGGAAAUAGAAUGUUCUUCUGUAUGUGUGAAGGGAGGUGGGGGGACCUUUGAUGAGUUGGUCUGCUUUUUUUGGUGACAGUCAGUGUUGAGCUCGGUCAGGUUGGGUUACAGUACCGGGCCACCUGCCAGCCAAGAACACACAUGAUCAUGUGUUUACCAAAUCCAUCAAGCCCCCACCAUUCAAGACGACAGAUUUCUCUCUUGCGCUUUCCAAGAAUUCUCUCUCUGUUAUGCUGAAAAGUGUGUUCACAGUUCUGAGAAAGAAGACCAUGCAGUAAGACUACAUAUCACAACAGAGGACUGGAAUUAAAGGGAGAGUUUUCCCAUAAAUGAAAAUUCUCUCAUCAUUUACUCACCCUCAUGCCAUUCCAGAACACAAAUAAAGAUUUAUAGAAGAAUAUCUCAGCUCUGUUGGUCCUCACAAUGCAAAUGAAUGGUGACCAGAACUCAGAAGGUCAAAAAAGGACAUAAAGGCAGCAUAAAAGUAAUCCAUAAGACUCCAGUGGUUAAAUCCAUAUCUUCUGAAGUGAUAUGAUAGGUGUGUGUGAGAAACAGAUCAAUAUUUAAGUCAUUUUUACUCUAAACUUACACUUUCACAUUCAGCCAACUGCUGGUUGGGGCUGGUGAAAGGUGGAGAUUUAUAGUAAAAAGGGUCUAAAAAUAUUUAUCUUUAGUAAUCUCACCCACCCCACCCCCUUAGUCCCCCCAUAACUAUAACUCCAAGUUUUGUUUUGGGUUUUACUAGAAUCGCUAGAGGGAGCUCUUUGUAUCUAAACAUUGAGGCCAAAUUUCCUGUGCAGCUAGACCUCCAUCAUUGUUUGUGCUGUUGUUAUGAAGUUCACCUCUUUCAAGAAGGACAUUGUUAUUAAUAGAGACUUCUAUUCGUAAGACACCCCUGUAAAUAACCCAAGCUUGCACAAAUAGCUUGUAAUGCUUUGUUUUUCUUAUACAAUGCACAAAUUAAAUAUGCCAACCCAAAAUCAUAUAAACAAACAAUAAUUUACAAUCCCAAAAUAAUAACUGUGAUUUGAAUCAUUU